UCUCUUUUUUUGGGUGGGGAGGGCCUGGGCUCGGACGUCACGACAGCACGAGAAAAAAGUAACACGCGACGCGACAUCGCGAUGACGUAUUAUUAUUGUUAUAAUGAUUCCUUUUCUUGUCUUCAAGCUUUUCUCUCUGGCACCAUGAGUUUACUGAUUUCUGUAUACCCUUGGACAUGCUUUUUUGGGUAUGUUCUUCCUGACUGGCGCAGCUAUUUGUCUUAUUCCGGACCAGACGGAUGGACAGGGGCAACAUGGGAUUUUUUAUUUUUUUUGUUGAGGGGUCACGUCUUUUCUUUUUCAUUAUGGCCCGUUUUUGGGCCUCGUUGGAAUGGGUGAUCAAAUAUGCUUAUGGCAAGGGAAAGGGAAGUCGUCAAAACAAUCUUGAUCGUAUUUAGCCCCUUUCUUCCUUCUUUAUGUUAGGCGCCGAGAGUGUGGAAUAGCUGGGGCCUACUUGAAUACUUAAAUGGGGCUACAUGCUAAAU